GGGGGCACGGAGGACCCGGUGGGCAAGUGUGGCACGGGGGAUGCAGGGGAGCCGGGUCUGAGGCUCCGCACCGCGGCGUUGGGAGUCUCAGGGCCCCAGGCGUCAACGCAGGGCAAGAUCCGCCGCCUCAGAGACUCGCUUCGCAGGGACAACUGGAAGGAGAAUGAGAGCGCGAAGUGCGAGUUCGUGAGGCUCUUGCUGCAGGUGGCGAGGCCACACGUGGGGGCGGCGCUCGUGAGGGAGGCGCUGCUGCCCCCCGCGCUGCUCUUCUCCGAUGACUUCGAGCUGGAGAACCAGCUGCUGGGCGUGCGCUGCCUUCACCACGUCGUUCUGAAUACGCCGGCAGCAGAAUUGAGAUGCCACAAUCAAGCCCAGGUGAUCUACCAUGCGCUGUACCGUCACCUCUACUCCAGGGAACACGAGCUUGUGCAGGCUGUGCACAGGUGUUUGCUGAUUCUGCUGCCGGUGCUGGAAGGACCGUACCUGGCCAAUGCGAGCCCUGGUAAAGCCAAUCCCAUGGCGCUCACCAGCAAGGUGCUGCUGCUCACUCUCUCCCACAUGGAGAUGGAGGACAGACUGUCCCUCCGGCGUGUUUAUGCUGAAGUGCUUCCUGCCUACAUUGACAGGUUGGGCAUUCUCAUCGUGCGACACAUGAAGCAGCUGCUGGGUGUUGUGGGCGCCUUCCUGGAGGUGAGCGACGGCCCUAAGGAGGAGGCCCGAGCCUACAUCCUCCUUGCCCUCAAGAGCCUCAUCAGCUGCGCGUGGCCUCGGAUGGCGGCGCGAUGCGGUUUUCUGGUGAAGCUGCUACUGCGGUUUGCGUACGACAUCUCAGCCGAACGGACGACGGUACACGGCAGCGUGCAGCGCGCGCUGCUCACUGACGCGGCCGAUUGCCUCGUCUCACUCGACCGCUGUUGUGGUGGACAGGUGCAGGCUUUGCUGAGGGAUGUAAAGAAGGCUUCUGACAACCCUGGUGUCCUGCACUGCGUUACAACGGUGUUUAGCGAGUGAACGUGUGCAGAGUGCUGCUGUUAUUACAAGGUCAUACCGACAGUGAUAUUAAUAUAUCAAUAGCCUUCAGGCACUAUUGGAAAAUGUGUGUGCUGAUCAGAUCGUACUCUAUUGAGGCGAACGCAGAGAUGACAAGGCCGAUACAUUCCAUAUCACCAUGGAGCCAAGCUAAAUUUUAUUGUGUUUCUCCUAAUAAUGUCAAGCUGCUAUCAUGAUAUUUUUUUGUUUUUGUGCUAAAUUAGCAUUACAAUAAACAUAUUUUGUAAAAAGUUAAUGAUUAUAUGCAUCCCUUUUUAUAUCACAUUUGUUUUUACAAAAUUAAGUGAGACAAUGUCCUAGCAGCACAUGGCUUACCAUUUAACACUGGGGUUUUUUAAUUACUGCCGAGUAUUGGGAAUCCAUUUGAUAAACUUGCCUUGUAUAGGGUAAACUCCUGAAUAGCAACAGAUCUAUAUACAGUCUGCUCGAUAACUCGUGUCUUGGCCUCGCUGUGCGCUGCAUUGCACCACUAUCUGAGUAGGUAACCUCGCAUUCAAUAAACCUUCAGAGCCAGGGUGAACAUCCGAAUCCAAUGUAUUUAAUGAUUAGAACGAGGUAAAACUGAUGGGAAAACACAGCACAAAAUACAGCAUCUGUUAAUACUUGUGUAGUGACAUUUCCUGUCACUAUACUGUAGCGCCAGCCCCUAAUUCGGGAGUGCUGCUGAGUGCUGGGAACCUCCCUAGGAGGCUGAGGGACACGAGACCGGGAGCCGUGAGCCCCUGUCUUGAUACAGCAGGGGCAUGGCCGAGGCCGUGGCAAAGCCACGGCCAAGGAAAUAAAGGGAGAGCCCCGACACGGAUCAGGGCUCGUUUGUGGGGAUCGUCCUGGAACUCUUCGCUCUUCGUUCGUCGGUUGAACCUUAGCUGGGAAUCAUGGGACAGACAGCAUUGUGUGCUGGCUGGCCGUUCGCUAGGGUUAACUCGCACGCACAUAGCGACAGUAUAGCUACACCUAGCUAAAGAACCAAAGUGUUACCGUAGGUUGUGUAAUAAAAGUCUUGCCUCCCA